CGAAGUUGUUGGGCUGUCAGCUUCUUGCGCGCGUCUGAGGUCACCUGCGACAAUUCCAUGUUCCUGGAUCAACAGGUCCAUCAUCAGCCCCAGCUCCUGCGUGACAGCCCCCAUUCCAUGCCCCAGGGAGUUCGACGCCCUCGGGAUCCUCCGUGGGCCCCUUAGCCGUUGCUGGUCCCUCCUCAGCCCCCGAGCCCCAGCUCCUGCGUGACAGCCCCCAUUCCAGGCCCCAGGGAGUUCGACGCCCUCAGGAUCCUCCGUGGGCCCCUUAGCCGUUGCUGGUCCCUCCUCAGCCCCCGAGCCCCAGCUCCUGCGUGACAGCCCCCAUUCCAGGCUCCAGGGAGUUCGACGCCCUCAGGAUCCUCCGUGGGCCCCUUAGCCGUUGCUGGUCCCUCCUCAGCCCCCGAGCCCCAGCUCCUGCGUGACAGCCCCCAUUCCAGGCUCCAGGGAGUUCGACGCCCUCAGGAUCCUCCGUGGGCCCCUUAGCCGUUGCUGGUCCCUCCUCAGCCCCCGAGCCCCAGCUCCUGCGUGACAGCCCCCAUUCCAGGCCCCAGGGAGUUCGACGCCCUCAGGAUCCUCCGUGGGCCCUUUAGCCGUUGCUGGUCCCUCCUCAUCCCCCGAGCCCCAGCGCCUGCGUGACAGCCCCCAUUCCAGGCCCCAGGGAGUUCGACGCCCUCAGGAUCCUCCGUGGGCCCCUUAGCCGUUGCUGGUUCUCCUCAGCCUCCGAGCCCCAGCUCCUGGGUGACAGCCCCCAUUCCAGGCAGUAGGGAGUUCGACGCCCUCAGGCUCCUCCGUAGGCCCCUUAGCCGUUGUUGGUCCCUCCUGAGGAGGCGCUUGUGGAGUCCGACAUAUUGCUUCGCAGUCGUUCUGUGAAGCACCCUCAGCGCGCCAGUUUGGAAACUGCGUCGGCAGAGGGCGCCGCCAGCGGCGCAGCGCAACGGUCAGUGUUCAAACUUGUUCGCUGAGUUGCUGGAGCUGACGCUCGCUACUGUGGUGUUUCGAAGUUUAUUCCGGCAUCCUAUCCAAUAUGCAAUGAGGGAUAUCGUUAGGCGUAACAACGAGUGAUGCUGUAGCGGGGAGGCAACGCCCCUUUGUUCUCUGGACCUCAGGUUUCAGGGAUGCAGUUUGCCGUUGUCAAUUUCAUCUCUGAUGACACGGUGGAAGUAGUUCCCGUCAACAUGGGUCCAUGGAACAGGGGGUCAACAUAGGGUCAACAUAGGGUCAAUAGAAACAAAUGUCCUUGGCCUGAACACGCACCCGAAAACAUGAGGAACCUUAUCAAGAAAGGGCUGCCGCCCCUGGAAGGAUGGAAACAGACCGUCAUUGCUAUGAAAGGCAUCUUCUCUUCGUAUACGGAAGCAAGGGCAGCACUCGCAAAAGCGCAAUGUAGCUCAGAGUCAGACGCACCAUCACAGAGGAGGAAACGGCAGCCACUCAUCUGGCUGCAAGAAGACUAUCAUGUUCUACAGAGUGGUAGCAAUGAAGAAGACUAUCAACAUGAUCAGCAGACAGCACCUGCUGCAAAGCGUACUGCACAUGUUCCACAAGACAGCCAAGGGGUUCUUCAGAGCCAAAUUGUGCUGGAAGUACCGUCCGUUCCCAAUGAUUUCUUUGUUCAGCAAACAGAAGAACACACAUCACCAUCUACUAUUCUACUGCAGAUGACAGGCUCUGGUACUACACAUGAAGACUCCCCAACAGGACCACAACAUGGUUUGACCGGUACGACCUCCUGUGCAGGCACAUGGACAGUGACGCAAGACCAAAAUGAUGCCCCGGCGUCACAUGACUCGUCCCGCACUUCUCCACCGUCCAAUGAUUUCCAGCGUCAAGUGUUACGUCUUCUCCACAUCUUGCGCCUUAGACAGCAAGAGCACAGUGAAACCUUGGAUGCGAUUGCUGCACAGCUUAGUGGCCCUACCAGACAUGGACCUAGUCUCUCGAAACCAAUGGUGACAUCUGCAUUCUCAACACAGGAGCGGCUAGAAGAGUUUGUCUCUUCCCUUACAUCGAUGCAACGCAACAACCUUGUUCAAGAGCUGUCUGAACUAGGCGGAAAAGAUGUCAAUGCCGGCUAUUCUAAACUACCUCAUGACAGAUGAAGUGGCAGAAAAGUACAACUGGCAGGGCCGUGGUAAAAAAAAGCAGUUUCUCCAAGCUGAAUCUUCUAGGUCUCAUACAUUGUAAGUAUAUUAUGUAAAAUGCAUAAAGCAGUAAUGAAACCAGAAACAAAAUCACAAAGGUUUCUUCCAGGCGUGGCGUCUCCACCAGGAGUAGCCAAAGCUCGGAAAAACGAAAAGUGUGAUACAAGCAAGUCCCACCUCGCUUCACGCUUCAUUUUUUUUUCUUUUCUCGGCAACGAAUGCACAUAGGGGCCUGAAACAAAUGGCUUCGUUACCUGGAGAUAUUGGCCAACAGCGUAUAAUUUUUCAAGUAAAAUCAGAGGCCACGUCUGGACCAGCCUGCCUGGUCCUACGUGGAAUCACCUAGCAUAUAAAUCAGAGAUGCAUUUAAAAAAUCUGCAUAAGUUAACACAAUGGAAUGAGCCAGAGUCCUGCAGCUGGCAACCUUUUCAGUGACUUUCCUCACCCUUCAUCCACAUGUACUAAGUUCUUAGUGUGGGGUGGUGGAGUAUGAGCCUGUACUGUGCCAACCUUGACGAUUAGAGGUCUCAAACAUAUGGUCUUGUAUCUUGAAUUUCAUGCCCUGCAGUGAUUUAUCCCCCCAUUGUUGCAAUUCUGGAUAAACUACUGCCUGUUGAUGAGCUAGCUAUAAAACUGAAUUGACUUGUUAGUGUUCUUGCAGAGUUGCAUAUUUCUGCUUUUUUUCUUAAGUUUGACAGACUAUAGGAACAUAGCAGUUUCUUGUGCUCAGGUGUAUCAGCAGGGUCAACAUCUAUAAACUGGAAUAUGAACCAUGUUCACCAGCGUGUCUUCCGUUUUUUACACCCUCUAGAAUAGUGUGUUUUUGCUAUAGGCUUAAUUGAAGCUUUCCUUUAAAAAAUUGACAUCACUACCUCUGUUCAUUGUAUGUUCAGCAGUGAUUCAUAACCUCUGUUGGUCACGUAAUCAUCAUGUUGCUGCUGUAAACACAUAGACAUCUGACAAGCAGCAGAUGAUGCAGUGCUGAUUGAAAGCAGCUGUCACGUCAAUCAUGUUUGAUAUGCAGUUUUCACCUCCUCGUGAAAACCAGGUUUGUGUAGCGUUUUUCUAUGAAGUACUUGCUCUGGAUAAUACAAAGAGGAUAGACACCCCACGUAAUUCAUCUGACCAGACUAAAAAAUGCAACUGAUGUAAAUUUUUUGGUAGUCAUUGGUUUGUCAAGUCCCAUAAAUGUAAUCCCUACACAUUUACACUGCAGCAACCAUCAAAAUAAAUCGCAAAAUUCAAGGAUCGACAAAGCUGGAUGUGAAGGGUGCCAUUGUCAGCUGGUUAAGACAUGCAAAAGAGCGGAGGACAAAGGGAAGACAGGCAUCCACGCAGACAACAAGCGAGUCCCUCACUGACAGGUAUGGCUGAUGCAUCUACUAAGGGUCAUUCCAGCUUAAGUGUCCCAAUUGCAUUGCUCCACCAUCGCCAAUUUCAAUUACGCUGCCUAUUUCAUGCAUGUCACUUUUUCCCUUCUUUUCGGGAACCAUUUACAAGGGCUGAGAGGAGCCUUUGAAGUACACCACUAAAGCUGGGUGCUACGAGAUGCAAGAGAACUGUUAAGGCACUUUUUUUUCUGGUGUAGUAGGACCAAUAUACUGCAUUUAAGAAGUUCCACUCUUCUGUCUUCAGUAGUUGAUUUUUUUGAUUAACCCAAAUGCUGUUGUCUCACCAGAAAUGCGUAAUAUUGCUGAGGAGGAAGUGGCAUUGGUGGAGGAGUUAGAGCAUUGAAGCUUCUGCAGAACUAUGACUGCGUGCCCCAACAGUGUGAAAGACACCCAUAUGAUAUUACGCAUUGCUAUGACACAUGGCUCUAGUUCUUUGGCAAUUUCAGCACUCAAACUCACUCAUUAGUGCCACUAAAUCAGAAAAAUGCACUUUCACAGUCCCCUUGUGCAUCGUAGAUCAACGAAAAAAUGCCGAACUGUGCACAGUUUUCGCAUGCCAAACACUACAACCUGGUACUGUCGGGUGAAAUAUAUAUAUAUAUAUAUAUAUAUACGGAGGUUGU